UCGUGUUCUAAAUCACAUAUAGCGAGAGUUCUAAAUUUUAGAACGUCGGAUAUAUGUGACACAGGUGAUCACCUAAGCAUCCCUAGAUGCUAAUUUAUGCCAGCGCAUCAGCUCUACAGCAAUAUCACAAAAUGGCGGACUGAUAUGGCAGAGCAAAGUCGUCGGAUGAAGCGCUUUAAACCAAGCAAAGUCCGUGUUAAAACUCAAUGUACAAGUGGAAAGAAGAUAGUAAGGUCUAUUACAGUCCAGACAACCCCAAGUGUUUCAGAAGAACCUGAAGAAGACAACAAUUUGAAUUUAGCCAAUAAUGCCAUUGGAGAAUCUACAUAUUUUGCGGAUACGUUCGAGAAUGCUUUGUCCGAAGGAAAUGAAGCUCAAGGCCAGGUUGAACAACAAACAUUGUCAAAGCAUCAUCAGCGAAGAGUAAAGGAAUUUAACAAAUGGGAAGCAGUGAGAGAACAAUUGCUCAAAGCUGUAGUUGAAGAGGAAGUCAUUUCCAGCCUGACAUGUUUCGCAUGCCCGAAUGAAGCAGUAUGUCGUUGUCUCGACUGUGGACCAAGGCAGUUCUUUUGCUUGGAUUGCAUUAAAAUAGAGCACCACGAAAAAAACUACUUUCACAUUCCAGAAAUACACAAGGAUGGAUGUUUUAGGCCUUUAAUGAUCAAUCAUAAGGAAAUUUCACUAAAGCAUCAAACAACAUGCCCCACCUCUCAGUCAAGGGAUAUUGUUUGUGUUGAUCAACAUGGUUUCCAACACAAGAAAUCCAUCAGUUUCUGUAGUUGUGAACCAGAUACCGUAACACUGGUUAAGUUGCAGUUAUGGCCUGGAUCUGCUGUCCGUCCUUUAGUUGCCUUUCAUUUUAAGUUUUUGCUGCUUGCUGAAAAGUUUCUUCUUGAAAGUCAUGUCUCGUUGUCAAAAUUCUGCGACACUAUGGGCCUUGGCAAAUCAUCACUACAUCCUAAAUGGAUUCAAAGUCUUUACAGAGUUUUAAAUGAUGAUACUUUUGAUGAAUUCAGGUACCAUAAUCACUGUUUAAAAUCCAUUAAGUCACAUCAUGGGGAGCAAACUAAUUACAAGAUGUGCCCUUUAUGCCCUCAGACUGAUGAUGGUGGAAUUCUUAUUGAGUCCAUGGAUGGCUGUUUUGGCUUGGUGAAAAAAUCUGCUGGUGUAAAUCUUUUCCCCCCACGACAUAGUGGAACCUUCUUUGCAGAGCAAGAAAGUGUGGACAAGUUUGUUGAUGAUUAUGGGAAAAAAGCUGAAGAAGCACCAACAGAUUGCAAUCAGUUCAAAUCUGGAGAAAUUGACACUAUGUUAAGAUCUAAGGGAAAGAACAAACUUUUUGACGAGAAAGGUGUUUUUGGUCGUGUGUGUAGACAUGAAUAUCCGAAAGGAUUUAUCAGUAUUAAACAUGGAGAAAGGAUAUCCUAUUCGGUCUAUGAAGUAGAACGUAUGUUGUGUAAUUCUGGUGACACUAUUGAUGUACGAGUUAUGUAUGACAUUGGAUGCACAUUGUCAUCACACUUGAAGAAAAACCAUCGUGUUGAUAUACUUGAAAGAAUAGAUCUUGCUAUCCCAGUGUUUCAUUGCUAUGGUCACAAAUCGUCAUGUCAGUUUUCUUAUGGCCCCAGACGUAAGAAAGGUUAUGGUCUUACUGAUGGAGAAGGGAUUGAAAGGUUAUGGUCUUACUUAAGAGGGUUUUCAUCCAUGACAAAAGAGAUGUCUGCAGGCCGUCGUGUGGAUUUGCUGACAGAUGCCCUGGUACAUUAUGCAGAACACCGCAUUCAACAAUUUGGAACAUCAUUGCCCAAGAAAAUGGAAAAAACUAAAAAACUUAUGGUAAAUGCCAUGUUACAGUUGGAAGAAAUGUUCUCAAAAUUGACAGUGUCCUACGAUGCUGAUCUUGUCGAGUCUUGGAAGAAGCAGGAAGAAUCGUUAUUAAAAGAACGAGAAAUGACGAAAUCAUCUUCCUUAUCCUGGCAAGCAAAAUAUGUACAAAGUUUGUGUCAGCUACAAGAACUAAGAUCAACCGUUGCCUCUUCCGAUCACGAUAAUCACGAAGCCAUUGCUAGUAUUGUAAAGAAAAUAAAAAACACAUUGAAAGUUGUAGCCACAACGGAGAAAAGUUACAAAGUGCUACAAAGAUGGAAACUAGGAGACGAAAAUUUCAACAAAGCUGCAAUUUCCAUUGAAGAAGAGAGAAGAAGCUGCACAAACGAGCGACUGUACUCAUUAGCAGUGGAGAGAAUGUUCUUGAUGUCACUCAAGAAGAAGUAUGCAGACGGUCAAGCAAUUGCUGCUAAGCUGUCUAAACAGAUCACCAAUAAGACGAAUGCAAUAAAAGCUACUGUGGCCAAAUACAACGCUGCAUUGGCUUAUUGGAAGGAUCCAAUAGAUGGAAUGCCAGAACCGAUAAACUUCGAUGAUGUGAAAGAUCCAGAAUCUCCUAGCUAUCACCACUUAAGAGUUACAACUCCAUCAGACGACAACAUACCCUUAGAAUUUAAAAGAAGUGCAAUAGAUUUACACAAUUUCGUUGAACGAUGCAAAGAAGAGAUCGAGUAUCUCGACCUAGAAAUGGUGCGGUUGGUAGAGUACUUCCUCAAAAUGAAAAUGUCCUACCAGUCAUGUUGCAAUGAAGUGCAGGAAGAAGCAACUUCGGUUUAUGCCAAAGGGCUCAACUGUAUUUUUCAAUCACGAAUCCUUGAAUGUGAUAAUAAACUUCACAUGUUGGGUAAACUUUUCAAAGAUAACAUUCGCGAGGAGAUGAAAUGUUCCAUUCCUAGUAUGCAAUGGAAAUGCCAAAGUACUUUAUUAGAACAUGAAAUUGCUCGUGAAGAAGGAACACUGGACGUUUCAGAAUACUAUUCUGCAGACAACGACGACGAAGACGACGUUUAUUCAAUGUACGAUAGUUCCGACUCUGAUUCGGAAUCAAUUUGGAACGACGAAGAUAUGAGCUGGGAAUAAUAUAAAGAAAGCAUGAAAACGAGGUUAAAUACAAUGGCAACGUCAUUUUUAUGCUUCAUUUUAUAUUAUUCUUUAUAAAAGAUUUUAUAUUAUUCCUUUAUAAAAGAUUGAAAUCAUAUAUUUAAAUUAUUUCAUUUGCUGUAUAUAAAAGUUAAAUCCUAAUACGGUGUUGUUCUGAUUGUAAUAGAUAGUAUUUUUGCAAGUCACCCACUAUCUGUAUAUUGUUUUACAGCAGUUUUGCAUAAUCCCAUCCAUAGUACCGUAACAAUUGGUGGGGCCAAUCCCCCCUGUUGGUGCCUUGCAGAUACCCUGGAAAAUCUACUUUGGAACGACAUUCAGUCAUUAAGCUGAAGAUAGCUAUU